AUGCAUUCUGCUGCUGGAAGAACAUACCCAGGCUCUGAAGAAAACAAACUUCCUCACGUAGAUUCUUCUCCGUAUGUACCCGAAGCUCCCAGCUACUUACCGCAACCUGGAGACGACCUAAUACAAGAUGCUGAUCAGUUUAUGGGCCCAAUCGGUCCCCAUGCUACAGGGAUUACCGACUGGGGCCCACUUUCUGGCCUGACUGGUACUAGACGGGUUGUAGAUCAGUACUCCAUAACACGUUUUAGUGAGGCUGAAUGGAGGAGGCGCAACAAAGAGAUUAUAGACAGGGCAUCUAAGGAGUGUCACAAAUACGACAUCACUGAUUGGAAUGCGAGGCAAAGCAUAGACAAAACUCAAAAGGAUGCGGCCAACAGUGAAGAAAGCAACACCAAUCUUUUGAACCAAAGGGAGGCCGACAUACACCGGUGGAAAUGCGAGCUGAAAGCGGCAAUUGGAGAAAUGAAUGAAGAAAUUCAGUUUUUGGAAACCGAAAGGCAACGUUUGAAGAGAUCAAUGAUGGUUUUGCUUUUACCUGAAUCAAUAUCUAGGGAAUGUCUGGAACGAAGAACUGGUAGAAGGGAUGCUGAAUUGGUACGCGAUGAGGUGGAAGUGGAACUGAUGAAAGAAAUGUCAUUAUCGGCGGAAAUUCGUGAGUUAUUAGUCAAAACGUUGAAAAAAAUUGAGACACAGUUACAGGACAAUAAAACUGCUAAAGCUCGAUUGGAAUACGACUGGAGCGAUAAAAUCUUGUCGCACGAAAUAGAAACAGUAAACAAAGCUCUGAGUUCCCAGUCGAGGACAAUAAUGUUUAAACCAGGAUCGGUAGUUUGUCCAGGUGAUCAAUCCAACGUAGAGUACUGGAAUUACUUCAGUGAAGAAACCAUAAAACAAGCUGCGGCAACAAGAGAACGAUCGGUAGCUUUAAGGGCGACUUUGGACGCAAUUCUGGAAAACGCUUCACGUGAUUUAAGAUCUCAGGCCAACAGAGUCGAAGUCGCACUGUCGAAAAGAAUAGCUUGUACACAAGAAGCCACAAACAGACUCGAAUUAGAAUUGAAAAACACUCUGAUUAGGCUGACAGAAGUUGAACGUACGGCUGACGCUAUAAAGUUAGCAUUGAGAAGAUUAGAUUUUCCAAUGAAGACAGUUCAAACACGUCUAGAUAACAGAGCUGGGCGACCCAGAAUUGAAAAUUGCAGAGAUGAGGUGCAUUUUCCUCUGCUUCAGGAGGUUAAGUCACUUGGGGAGCAUGUUUCGGUUCUUAAAGCCAGAUUGCAACAAACUAUCGACUCGAAAGCUGGUUUGGAGGAUAUCAGAAACGAAUUAGAAAGGGAAAUUAGAUUAAAAAAGCAUACUUUAGAUAUAGAUAGGAAUAGAGUUUCUGAUAUUAGGACACACUAUCCAUCAACCACUUCAUUGUCUGGGUAUUAG